AUGGCGUCGGUGGUGAAAAGCAUCAUAAGCACGGUGAGGGAGAAGGGUCUCGGCGGCUUCUUCAGAUACCUCAAGGAUGAAGGAUACCGGAGAUGCCUUCCUGAUGGAAACCUAUUGCAAACCAAGAUCCAUAAUAUUGGGGCAACGCUGGUUGGUGUUGAUAAAUAUGGUAACAAGUAUUAUGAGAAAACUGAAAACACACAAUAUGGAAGGCACAGGUGGGUUGAAUAUGCAGAGAAGACUAGAUAUAACGCUUCUCAGGUUCCUGCUGAAUGGCAUGGCUGGCUCCACUUCAUAACUGAUCACACCGGUGAUGAGCUUCUUUUACUGAGACCAAAAAGGUAUGGUCUUGACCAUAAAGAAAAUUUGUCUGGAGAAGGUGAGGAGUUUAUCUAUCAUUCCAAGGGACAUGCUCUCAAUCCAGGACAGAGAAACUGGACCAGGUACCAACCAUGGGAAUCCACAACCAAACCAUGA